CCUUUUUUGAGUUAUAUCAUGCAGAAUUAUUUUCUAAUGUUUAGCUAUGAUUUGAUUUUGAUGUUAUUUUCAUACAUGCAAAUUUCUGUAAUUUUAUGAAUUUUCUUGAUAACAGCGCUUCGCAAUUGAUUGAUCUCAUAUUGUGACGAUUUCCUUGGAAUUAUCAAAAUCUUCGUUAAAAAUGAUGUUAAAGUGUAAAUUUGAGAUAAUAAUUGAUCCCAAUCUGAAAAUGAGGAUUUGGAUAUGGGUUGUAACUUGUAAUUUAGGACUGUUAUCUGGGUGUUGGAAAUUCAUACUAAUAAACGCUAAUAAAGGUAUUUAUGGUAUUGAUUGUUCGUCAAUUUUAGCCUAAGUAGCGAAAAAAUCAAUUACAGUAGAUGAGGUUGUUAGUAUGUUGACAUGAAGUUAAGUGUAUAAAUGUUAGGGUCUAUAUAUGGAAGGCACGGGAACAACACUUUAGUUCACCUAAGAAAGGACGGAGUUGUAGAGUGAGGAUUGGCCGGGGGCCCAACUUAUGUCGUAAAAGGAAGGAAAUUAGUUUGAUUUCUUGUUCUGGAGAAAUGGGUGGUUCACGAGGAUUAUGUUUUAUGCAUUUAAGGCAAUGUUCUUAAUUCUGAUAUUGCAAACAGAAAUCAACUGAAAGUUUUUACAAUAGCUAAGUUUAAUGUAAUUGCUGAUUUGGUUGUAAGUGGAAGUUGUUUAUAUGCUGUCAAAGUGGUCGAUUUUUCCUGCAAUUAAGAGCAUCAUAGGCGAAUUUCAUGUAAAGAUGCUCUUGAGUUUUGCUUGUGGAUCACCUGCUUGAAUUUGGUUUGUUUCUGUAGUGUGCAUCAUAGGUGAAGUUUCUGGUCUUGAGCAAUGAUGGAUUGCCAUGUAAAGGUGCUAUUUAGUUUUGCUUGUGGAUCAUCUGCUUGGGCUUUUUACUCUUGAACAUUAUCUUUAAGAAUGUCGGGGAUGUCAGUUGAUGUUCCUCAAAACGGAAAUAUAAGCCCAUUUGAUGUAUCAUAUGCCUUAGAUGACACCGAAGAAUCUGAUUUAUCAAAGCUGUUGGAUAAGCCACGCACCUUGACUUUGGAGAACAGACAACGAUCCCUUGAUGAAAGGUCUCUUAAUGACUUUCUUAUGUCACCUCGGGUGCAAACUAGAAAUGCUGAUAAUAUGAGCCGCUUAGCAGAUCAUCUAGAAAAUAUUGUUUGCUCUGGUCGUCGAUCUGGUAUCAACACCCCGAGGUCUGGUUUUAGUACCCCUAGGUCACGCUCUAGCUUUGAGCCUCAUCCAAUUGUCGGUGAAGCCUGGGAUGCAUUGAGACGUUCUUUGGUUCACUUUCGUGGUCAACCUGUUGGGACUAUUGCAGCCUCGGAUACUUCGGAGGAAAAAUGCAACUAUGAUCAGGUCUUUGUUAGGGAUUUUGUUCCGAGUGCAUUGGCUUUUUUGAUGAACGGAGAACCUGAAAUUGUUAAAAAUUUCCUUCUGAAAACUCUCCGCCUUCAAUCAUGGGAGAAAAAGAUAGACCGUUUUCAACUAGGGGAAGGAGUGAUGCCAGCUAGCUUUAAAGUUUUUCAUGAUCCAGUGAGAAACCAUGAGACUUUGAUCGCAGACUUUGGCGAAAGUGCAAUAGGAAGAGUUGCCCCCAUUGAUUCAGGAUUCUGGUGGAUCAUAUUGCUUCGAGCAUACACAAAAAGCACGGGAGAUUGUUCAUUAGCUGAAAUGCCAGAUUGCCAAAAGGGCAUGCGCCUCAUCCUCAGCUUGUGUCUUUCCGAGGGUUUUGACACAUUUCCGACUCUCCUCUGUGCUGAUGGUUGUUGCAUGAUAGAUCGCAGAAUGGGUGUUUAUGGAUAUCCACUUGAAAUCCAAGCCCUGUUCUUCAUGGCUUUAAGGUGUGCUUUACUUUUGCUCAAGCAAGAUGUUGAGGGGAAGGAGUUCAUUGAGAGGAUAGUCACACGUCUCAAUGCUUUAAGCUACCACAUGAGAAGUUAUUAUUGGAUGGACUUCAAGCAGCUUAAUGAUAUAUACCGAUACAAAACAGAAGAGUACUCUCAUACUGCUGUAAACAAAUUCAAUGUGAUGCCAGAUUCUCUUCCAGAAUGGGUCUUUGAUUUCAUGCCAAAUCGUGGUGGCUACUUCAUUGGAAAUGUGAGUCCUGCGAAAAUGGAUAUCCGUUGGUUCUGCUUGGGGAACUGUAUUGCAAUCCUUUCGUCCUUGGCCACAGCGGAACAAUCCACAGCUAUUAUGGAUCUUAUAGAAGCAAGGUGGGAAGAAUUGGUCGGUGAGAUGCCACUAAAAGUUUGCUAUCCAGCCAUUGAAAGCCAUGAUUGGCGCAUCAUUACAGGAUGUGACCCUAAGAAUACACGAUGGAGCUAUCACAAUGGGGGAUCCUGGCCAGUGCUCAUAUGGCUCCUAACAGCUGCUUGCAUCAAAACUGGACGCCCGAUGAUAGCAAGACGUGCCAUAGAACUUGCUGAGUCAAGGUUAUUGAAAGACAACUGGCCCGAGUAUUAUGAUGGGAAGCAGGGGCGAUACAUUGGGAAGCAAGCCAGGAAGUUCCAGACAUGGUCCAUUGCUGGUUAUCUAGUGGCAAAGAUGAUGCUCGAGGAUCCUUCACAUUUGGGUAUGAUCUCUCUUGAGGAAGAUAAACAGAUGAAGCCUGUCAUGAGAAGAUCAGCUUCAUGGACCACCUAAUAUUCAAGAACCUCUCUCUUUUAAUUAGGUUAGGGUGUAGUUCCUAGCUCAUUGUUAACCAGAGUUGGUAUUUCUUUGUUUUAUGUCUUUCUUUGUACAUGCACUUUUCUUGCUUAGGUGAUCCCCUACCCCGUGAUCGGUCAUGAAUUAUACUUGCAACUAGGUGCAUAGUGCACAUCCAACACACAAGUGUUAUGCAUUGGAGCCUUGGAGGGUUCAUUGCACUUGGUUGCUUGAUAUAUACACUGCUGAUAUAUGGUGAAAUUAGAUGGUAAGGGGAAAAAAGGCCAUUGCCUCCAAAUAAAAUUGUUUUUCCCAAUAUGGUGAUGAACCCAA